AUGAUGCCUGAUAGUACUAGAAAAGAUGAUGCAAACUUUGGUGGUAAAAUCUUUUUGCCUCCAAGUGCUCUUAAUAGAUUAACAAUGCUUCAUAUCAGGUAUCCAAUGCUUUUUGAGCUUAAAAACGAAGAUCAAGGUUUAAAAACUCAUUCAGGUGUUUUAGAAUUCGUUGCAGAAGAAGGAAGAGUUUACUUGCCACAAUGGAUGAUGAGCACUUUACAACUGAAACCAGGUGCAAUCAUUAAGAUCACAAAUUCUGAUGUUCCAUUGGGUAAAUUUGUUAAAAUUGAACCACAAUCAGUUGACUUUUUAGAUAUAUCAGAUCCUAAAGCUGUUUUAGAAAAUGUGCUACGGAAAUUUUCAACAUUAAGUGUCAAUGAUAUAAUAGAAAUCAAUUAUAAUGACAAGAUUUAUGGGAUCAAAGUCUUAGAAGCUAAACCUGAAUCAGAUUCUAAUAGUAUUUGUGUCAUAGAGACUGAUUUAGAAACAGAUUUUGCUCCUCCAGUUGGAUAUGUUGAACCAGAUUAUUCCAAAAAUACCACUUCAAAAUCAAAAGAAUCAGCUAAACCUUCAGCUGGAAAACCAUUAGGUACUAUGGCAAAAUCAAUCAAUUAUAAAGAAUUAGCACAAAAGGCAAGUCAAGAAAUUUCAUCAUUCAAAGGUGAUGGUGUAAAGCUUUCAGGUAAAGCUUCAAAACCAAAAAGUGCAGAAAAGAAAUUAGAAGAAUUAGAUUUAAAUUUUGAUGGACCUCCAGCAAGAUUAGAAUUACCUGAUGGACAAUUGUUUUUUGGAUUCCCAUUAGUUCCUGUCCCGAAUGAUGAAAAUUCUCAAGAAGAACAAAAACCAAGUGCAUUUGUAGGCCAAGGUCAAUCUCUAAGGCAAAGUAAAAAGAGAAAAGACACCAAAUCUCAUGAAAGUCCAAAACCAAAAGUACAAAGUCCAGAAGUGAUAGAAAUUGAUUAG